GAAAUGGACUCGUGAGUCCGCUAUAUAACCUGCACUUCUCUCCCCUCUCCUCGUCCACUCCGCCGGCCCUACCCCCGGAUCGCCCCCCUCCGCUCACGCCCUCUUGCACCGCCGGACUCCCGGACCUCCUUGCCAUGGCGGCCGGCGCGCUCAGGGCUCAGCUCAACGCCCUCGUCGACUCCAUGUUCACCACGGGUAUUGUGGACGAGGCUUUCCAACACCUGCGGUCGGUGGAGCAGGAGGGCUUCCUCGCCGAGGUCGUCAACCUCUUCAUCCACGACGCCGACAACAUCCUCAACGAAGUCGCCCACCUGCUGAACCAGCCCGUGGUGAACUUCAGCAGGGUGGGCGCACUGGUGCAUCAGCUAAAGGGGUGCAGCGGCAGUGUUGGUGCUAAGAAAGUGAAUCUCUCCUGCACCCACUUUCGUCAGUCUUAUGAGGCAGAAAGUAAAGAAGGGUGCCUCAUGGCAUUGGACCUUGUUAGGAAUGAGUUUUAUGAUGUGCGCAACAAACUACAAACAAUGAUUCAGGUAGCACCUUAUGUGCCUAGCUAUGUUGGCUUUUGACUUCCGAUUUCUCAC